CAUUGAUAUCCUAACCAGUAUACUCACAACCAUGAGUUGGAUUGUACAUUUAAUAGUUCUGGCCCUUGUUUGUAUUGUUACUGGUAAAGAUUGCGUGAUCGAUAACAGAUCACGCCAGAAUACAUGGGAAGCGCAGCUCCAGAAAGAUAUAAUAACCUUCAACGAUAUCGAAGCACCGAACAGUAACGAAACCGAAGUCUACGUUAAAUUCAUCUUGAAAUAUUUCAGUUUCGACGCUAAAGAGGAAAUAUUCAAGGUUCACAGCUGGAUGAUGUUAGCUUGGACGGACGAAAGACUGAAAUGGGACAAAACAAAAUAUGAUGGAAUAACAGAGACUAUAGCGUUGAGCAACACAAUCUGGUCUCCGGGAUUGAGGUUGGUCAACGAAGUCGAUUGGGAUGAAUUCGAACCUUACUACGGCCAAUGCACCAUUCAGAACAUGGGAUUUGUGUUUUGUAUACCGAGAAUGGUCCACGGAGUCUUAUGUAACACGAAAUUGAUUAACUGGCCUUUUGAUAUUCAAAAAUGUACUCUUAAAUUUGGUGCAUCGACGAAGUACUGCAAGGUCAAAUUUACAUUUAGCUCACGACGAGCAGUAGCCAUGAUGGGAGCUGAAUAUGGUGCAGAUUGGACUAUUAUAGAUUACGAACAAGCAGAAUAUGAAAAUCAAGACACACAAUUGAGUCUCACAUUCUAUUUGGAGAGGCAAGCGGUUGGAUUGGCUGCAAUUGUGAUUAUGCCAAUUAUUCUGUUGUCUAUGCUUACUCUUUCAGCAUUGUUGUUGGAAGUUAAAGACUAUGUGCGUUUAGGUAUAAUCUCGUUCAGUUUACUGUGGCAUUUCUAUUACUUAUCAUCAAUCAACGAUUAUAUACCCAAGCACAGCGUAGACACGCCAUCGAUUCUCUUAUAUGCUCGAGGUUCGGUGUUAGUUACACUAAUUGUUCUAACCUUGACCACUUUUUUGAGUUGUUUAAUGAAUCGGAAAUCAGUGCCACCAAACUGGGUUGUUUCAAUCAAUGAUCUUGUGUUAAAAAGCCGUGGUAAAUUUAUAGUGAUACCUCGGUGGGAAGCUGAUCUAAAAGGGAUUGCAAUCUCUGAUGAUUUGCAAAGAAAGGUUAUAGAACAUUGGACUGAUUUUGCGAAUAUAAUUAACAGUGUUUUUUGUAUAUCAUUAAUUAUGUUUUAUAUUAUUUGCAUAUCCCUUUAUAUGCCGCGGCCAUCUCUUUCGACUAAUUAUGUUAAUUUGACAGAUUCUGAUGCAUUCUUUAUGGAUCAAUUUUAAGUUGAUGAUUGUAGAAUAUAGAUUUUAAAGUCUCUGUAAUUGGAUACAUGUUUUUUUUUUAUAAGUAAAUAACUAACAUAUAACCCGUCUGCGUUACCAUUACAAAGCGCGCUGUCGUACCUGUAAAAAUUAAAUUUUAUGUACGUAUUACAUUAUUCAAAGAUAAUUUUUAAAAUGCUCUUAUACGGAACUGCAAUUCAGUUCAUUAUGUUCAAGAUGCAAUAAAAAGGAAAAAAAAAUUUUAAAUGUUUAAUUUAUAAAAAUAAGAACCUUCUAUAACAAACCUAUUUUAAUUAUGAGUAUUAAACUAUUAUGUCCCUUUCUCUAAAAUUAGUAAUUUAACUAAAAAGAAACGAACAAAAUACUUCCAAUAGUUAAAAUAGGUUUAAAAUAAGUUCGAAAUCUUUAAAAAUUUUAAAAUAUAAAUAGAAAGAAUUGCAGUUAUUUUUAAAUAAUAGUUUAUAUUUGAAAAUUGUUUUGUGGUUAAUAUUUUAGAGAAAUAAAACUACACUUUUAAAUGAUUCUAAAUAUAGAUAUAUUCAUUGUAAAUGUAAUUAAUUAAUCAGAAAUAAGUAUAUAUCAACUAAUAAGUUCAUAUAAAAUAAAUGUUGCCAGAGACAUAUCAUGCUU